AUGAAUAUGGCGUCUUUGAAAUUAAAUGGUAUCAGAGACAGCAACGCUCUACUAGGUGAAAAGAACAAGAUUCUUGUCGCCAACAGAGGGGAAAUCCCCAUCAGAAUCUUCAGAACUGCCCAUGAACUCUCCAUGAGGACCGUCGCCAUAUAUUCCCAUGAAGACCGUUUAUCCACCCACAGAUUGAAGGCUGAUGAAGCAUACGUCAUAGGGGAGCCAGACCAGUAUACCCCGGUUGGAGCAUACCUUGCGAUCGACGAAAUCAUCUCCAUAGCCAAGAAACACGGCGUCGAUUUCAUUCAUCCUGGUUACGGGUUUCUUUCUGAAAAUUCAGAAUUCGCCACUAAAGUGGCCCAAGCAGGCAUCACUUGGAUCGGACCUCCAGCCUCAGUCAUCGACUCCGUGGGUGACAAAGUCUCUGCAAGAAACCUCGCUGCAAGAGCUAACGUCCCAGUGGUCCCUGGUACUCCUGGCCCCAUAGAAAACGUCCAAGAAGCUAAGGACUUCGUCGCUAAAUACGGGUACCCUGUCAUCAUCAAGGCUGCCUACGGUGGUGGUGGUAGAGGUAUGAGAGUCGUUAGAGAAGGUGAGGACAUCGCUGACGCAUUUAAACGUGCUUCUUCGGAAGCCAAGACAGCCUUUGGCAACGGUACCUGUUUUGUGGAAAGAUUCCUGGAUAAACCAAAACAUAUCGAGGUCCAAUUGUUGGCCGACAACUACGGUAAUGUGGUACAUCUUUUUGAGAGAGACUGUUCCGUGCAAAGAAGACACCAGAAGGUCGUGGAAGUGGCUCCAGCAAAGACUUUGCCCUUGAAAGUGAGAAAUGCCAUCUUGACAGACGCCGUCAAACUGGCUAAGGAAGCCGGCUACCAAAACGCAGGUACCGCAGAAUUCUUGGUCGAUAACCAAAACAGACACUAUUUCAUCGAAAUUAACCCAAGAAUUCAAGUGGAACAUACCAUCACAGAGGAAAUUACAGGCAUUGAUAUUGUCGCAGCUCAAAUCCAAAUCGCUGCUGGUGCAAGUUUGGAACAACUUGGUCUCCUACAAGACAAAAUCACAACUAGAGGUUUUGCUAUCCAAUGCCGUAUCACUACUGAGGAUCCAACCAAGAAUUUCCAACCAGAUACCGGUAGGCUGGAAGUCUACAGAUCUGCUGGUGGUAAUGGUGUCCGGUUAGAUGGUGGUAAUGCCUAUUCUGGUGCCAUCAUCUCCCCUCAUUAUGAUUCCAUGUUAGUUAAAUGUUCUUGUUCAGGGUCCACCUACGAAAUCGUUCGCCGUAAGAUGAUCCGUGCUUUGAUCGAAUUCAGAAUUAGAGGUGUAAAGACCAAUAUCCCAUUCUUGUUAACUUUGUUGAUGCAUCCUGUGUUCAUCUCCGGUGACUAUUGGACCACUUUCAUUGAUGAUACCCCACAACUGUUUAAAAUGGUUUCAUCUCAGAAUAGAGCACAGAAAUUGUUACAUUACUUAGCAGAUUUAGUAGUCAACGGUUCUUCUAUUAAAGGUCAAGUUGGUCUUCCAAAAUUGCAUAAGAACCCAGACAUCCCACAUUUGUACACAAACAAUGGUGAUAUCCUCGAUGUCCAUAACAUAGCUCCUCCAAGUGGUUGGAGACAAGUGUUACUAGAAAAGGGGCCAGAAGAAUUUGCAAGACAAGUCAGGAAAUUUGAUGGUACUUUAUUAAUGGAUACUACUUGGAGAGACGCACAUCAAUCUUUAUUAGCUACCAGAGUCAGAACUUAUGAUCUUGUCGCCAUUGCUCCAACCACUGCACAUGCUUUAUCUGGUGCUUUUGCUCUUGAAUGUUGGGGUGGUGCCACUUUUGAUGUUGCUAUGAGAUUCUUGCACGAGGAUCCAUGGGAAAGAUUAAGAAAGUUGAGAAAAUUAGUCCCAAAUAUCCCAUUCCAAAUGUUGUUACGUGGUGCCAAUGGUGUCGCUUAUUCCUCCUUGCCAGAUAAUGCCAUUGAUCAUUUCGUUAAACAAGCUAAGGAGAACGGCGUUGAUAUCUUUAGAGUCUUUGAUGCAUUAAACGAUUUAGAACAAUUGAAGGUCGGUGUGGAUGCUGUUAAGAAAGCUGGUGGUGUCGUUGAAGCUACUAUCUGUUACUCAGGUGACAUGCUAGAACCAGGUAAAAAAUACAAUUUGGAUUAUUAUUUAGAAAUCACUGAAAAGAUUGUUCAAAUGGGUACCCAUAUCUUAGGUAUCAAAGAUAUGGCCGGUACUUUGAAACCAGCUGCUGCCAAGUUGUUGAUCGGUACAUUGAGAGCUAAAUACCCUGAUUUACCAAUCCAUGUCCAUACUCAUGACUCUGCUGGCACUGCAGUGGCUUCCAAUGCUGCGUGUGCCUUAGCUGGUGCAGAUGUUGUUGAUGUGGCUAUCAAUUCUAUGUCUGGUUUGACAUCUCAAGCCUCUAUUAAUGCUUUAUUAGCUUCAUUGGAUGGCCUAGUUAACACAGGUGUCAAUGAAAGUUAUGUUCGUCAACUAGAUGCAUAUUGGGCUGAAAUAAGAUUAUUAUAUUCAUGUUUCGGUGCCGAUUUAAAAGGACCAGACCCAGAAGUCUAUCAACACGAGAUUCCAGGUGGUCAAUUAACUAACUUAUUAUUCCAAGCACAACAAUUAGGUUUAGGUGAACAAUGGGCUGAAACUAAGAGAGCAUACAGAGAGGCCAAUUACUUGCUUGGUGAUAUCGUUAAAGUUACUCCAACUUCUAAAGUUGUUGGUGAUUUAGCCCAGUUUAUGGUUACCAAUAAGUUGACUUCUGAUGAUGUUAGAAGAUUGGCAAAUUCUUUAGAUUUCCCAGAUUCUGUUAUGGACUUCUUCGAAGGCUUAAUUGGUCAACCAUACGGUGGUUUCCCAGAACCAUUAAGAUCCAAUGUGUUAAGAAAUAAGAGAAGAAAAUUAACUACUCGUCCAGGUUUAGAAUUAGCUCCAUUUGAUUUAGAAGGCAUCAAGGAAGAUUUGAUCAACAGAUUUGGUGAUAUCACUGAAUGUGAUGUAGCUUCAUACAACAUGUAUCCAAAGGUUUAUGAAGAUUUCCAAAAGAUUAGAGAGAAAUACGGUGAUUUAUCUGUUUUACCAACUAGAAGCUUCUUAGCUCCUGCUAUUGUGGGUGAAGAAAUUGAAGUUACCAUUGAACAAGGUAAAACUUUAAUUAUCAAAUUACAAGCAGUUGGUGAUUUAGAUAAAGAAACUGGUAUCAGAGGUGUUUACUUUGAGUUGAAUGGUGAAACUAGAAAGAUCCCAACUGUUGACAGAUCUCAAAAGGUGGAAACUGUUGCUAAACCAAAGGCUGAUAACCAUGAUCCAUUCCAAAUUGGUGCCCCAAUGGCUGGUGUUAUUGUGGAAGUUAAGGUUCACAAGGGCUCUUUAAUCAAGAAAGGUGAAGCUGUAGCUGUCUUAAGUGCAAUGAAGAUGGAAAUGGUUAUCUCUGCACAAACUGAUGGUCAAGUGAAAGAGGUAUUAGUUGAUGGUGGAGAAAAUGUUGACGCUUCUGAUUUAUUAGUUGUUUUAGAAGAAGUCAAACCAUAA